GUGCCGCUCUGCAACAGCAGUAGAUAGUUCUCCACAGCUGUCCAUACCAUGCAAUGACAGUUGCAGGGACAACGAGGGAGCGCUGGGACACUGGAGGAUUGACGUUCAUGCAGCCAAACGUUGGCACCGGCAAUGUGGAGGAAGACGUGUGGGACGACCGCGCGAUUCUGAAGGCCUUCGAUGAUGCCUUGAAUUCGCACUCUCGCAAACCUGUGGAUGGGGUGGAGGCUCGCAAGUGGAAUAAGCACGCCGCGCAGGGGGUAGCCGUGCAACCCCACACGGCGGAGGGUAGACCGCAGCAGCAGCAGCAGCAGCAGCAGCAGCAGCCGUCAACGUCGUCCAGCACCUCGCGCGCUGCUGCUGCUGCGAGCGGCGGCGGCACCUCCCCGGCGGGAGCCGGAUACCAACGCCCCCGGUCGGUGCCGAGCGGGCACCGAGACCAGGGUUUCCAAGAAGCCGACCGGCGUUUUGCGUCCCUGUUGGCCAAGGGCAAUGUCAAGACCUCGUCCGGAGGGGGCACCGCGGGUGUCGUGCGGGCUGGUAUCCCGGGACCCUGGGAGCCCGUGGCUGGUCCGACCGAGGGACAGCAGUACGGUCGGGCAGCAGGUCACCAAGAUGACCUGGGGCAGCGGACCGAGUACGCGAGGCCUGAGGCGUACGACCCCAACGCGCAGCAGGAAGAAUAUGGCGGUGAGGCACAUAACUACUCCUAUCCCUCACGAGCGGCGCCUCAUCAUCCACAACCGCCUCCUCACCCCCCGGGGGGCGCGGCAGGUGGCUUUGAAGAGGGGGGGCGUGGAUUUCCCCUGCCACCGCCGCCGCCGCCGCCGCAUCCUGGAGUCGGUCCCCACGCGGCAGCCUUUCAGAGCUUCUUUGGACGGCAUUCCCGACGAUGAUCUGGCGGACCUGCUGCUCGCUUGGUACUACAGCGGGUACUACACGGGCCGCUACCGUGCGAUGCAAGAAGCGCGCCACCCGCGAAACUACCGGCGGCACCCUCCCGCGGGCGUGCCGCCGUCAGCACCGGGGUAUGGGGGUGUGCCUCUACCCCCGACGCCCUCAUCGGCGUACCACGGGGGGGGCGGCGGAGGAGGAGGUGAAGGGUGGGGUGGUGAGCGGCAGGGUUGGCACGAACAGCAACCACAGCAGCAGCAG